GUGUGUGUGAAGCAGAUUAAAAACUACACAUAAUACUCAUUGAGUCAUUGGAUUUCAUCCUAUUUCAAGCAACAACCACAAAAUAAAGUUAUUAGAGAAAACGUACAUAGUCAACACGAUUAGAACGAGCCACCGCAUGCAUUGCUCCUCGUCCAAUGAGCAGGCCAUCAGAAGAUGGGGAAGCAAAAUGAAAAAGUGUUGAAUUCUCUAUGAAGUAGAGAUGGGCUUGCCAAUUAGGGUCCUUCAGCUCUUUCCCCGCUUCGAAUGUCAUCACAUAAGCAACAAAUCCCGUGUAGAAAGCCUAGUAAACAGGUCUUUUGCUAGCAACAUCCUCAUAAUACCAGAUGAAAUCAACUUUUUCACAGAGAUUACACAGGAACCCAUUCAUGUACUUCUGGCCCAGAUAGCUAGCCCCAUCAAGCCAAUUAGGUAUAAGGAUUCCGGUACUCCUGGUUUAUGAAAAGAGUGUAAAGGAAGGAAGUUUCAUUGUCCCAUUCCAAGUCACCCAGCAGCUUUCCCACCAUUACCAGGGAACCUUUCGAGUUGUUCAUGAAGAGGACUGAGUGGAACUGUGGCGGCCAGUGGGUAGUUCCAUGAUGAGUAAAGAAGUGGCAAAGAGAAUGAUGAAAAGACUGAGAAAUUUGUGUUAGCCUAAAACUUACAUUUUGUACCAGUCCUGGUAGUGUCGAGAUCUAGGUUUUGGUUGUUCAAGAUCUAGCGGUAGCCGAAGGUGCAGGUGUUCGAGAUCUAGAGAUGGCGGCGAGGCGAUGAUAUUCCCGAUGUCGAUUCAGCGCGCUAAGCAGGGGCUGAUUUCCGAUGAUAUUGCCUACGACGGUAAAGGACUUGGCAACCAGAUCGGAAACUGCGUGAGAAGGCAACAACGAGAGUUGGGGAUGUUUCUAGACAACGCGUUUGGGUUUCCCGUCGGCGGCGCCGAUAGGGUUUUCCAGUUGACGGCAAGGACGAACAUCGCGCGAGAAAGGGAAGAAUUUGACGUUGGGGCUUUUGCCAAAGACAUGCUCGGACAACCUAUUUGAUAUAUGGGAACAACCCGAGCUACGCCCAUAGCUUGGGGAUGAUGGGUUAUUGAUAUAUGAAUUAGGUGUGUGGUUGUGGCCUAUGGGUGCUCACCUAAUCGGCGAUGUGAUGUCAAAAGUCAAAAUGAUACAAUUUAAAGAAUAUGAUUCUACAACUACAACCCAAGAAACCUAUUAAAUCAUGGCCUUAUUU